AUGAUUCUCUUUAGAAGAAAAUGAGUUUCUGCUGUCUAUAUACCAUUCACAAACUUGAAAUUGGUUUAUUUUUGGAGAAAUUUCUACUAUGCCUGAUUGGGUCGUAAAUAUGCUCACGUCACCACCACAUAUACUCUAAAUAAAAAUUACUGGAAGAUUCUUACAUUUCGUAUGAGAGGCUGAAAUAAUCCCGCAUGGGAUAGGGAGAUUUUCAUCAGUGCAUAUUGAACAGCUAUUAUUGCAGUCAGUAUCUUUUGCUCGGCAGUAUGCAUUUGUGCAAUUAUUGACUAUUCAAGUUCCAAUUAUUGUUGAGCAUGAGAAGCAAAUACUAUUACAGCUAUAGACAGAGCUUGCGAUUAG